GGCCAAAAAUCCAUAUUGCAAUCCCUCAAUGAGGACAAUCACGUAGAAAAAGUCCCUCAAAAAGUGUUCAUUCUCCUCUUGUGAGUUUUGUGGAAUUGUGCUUUAGUCCUAAACAGAGAGGAUUCAACCAAGAAACCGAAGCAAUGUUGAAGCUGCCAGAGAAACUCUUCCUCUUCACCAUCAUUUUCUGUUCUGUCUUGAAAGGCGCAAUUAAUCUUCAACUCGAAGGAUUGUCAACGAAGAAGCCCAGAAUCACCAAGUACACCACGAAAUCCUCCCAAACUGUGACCUCAUCGCCUGCGACGACGUCAUUCUAUCGUGUUAACGCCACAAAUGGCGCAACUUGCAUCCUGAUCAGGACUGACGGACUCCUCAGCAUCCAGUACAGGACCAAACUCGGAGAGGACAAGGAAGCGGACAUCUUCAUGCCGGACAACGUUGAUCUGAAGGGCGAGUGCGACGAGGACGAGUCCAGCCUCACGAUGGGCUUCAAGGGCUUCGUGCUGACGAUGAACUUCAAGAAGACGCCGGGCGGUGAGCGAUGGUACAUCAACAACGUGGAUCUCGCCUACUCGUCCUCGAAUCGCGUGUUCGAGCACGUGGACCGACCCAACCUGGACGUGAAGCUCUCCACGCCGCUGCACAACACUCUGCUGUUCCCCACGCCCGUGGGCAAGUCCUACACUUGCGACCAGGAGCGCGUGGUCACGAUGUUCUCCCAGGACGAGGACGACCGAUCUGGGCACUUGGCCAAGCUGUAUCUGCGCGACUUGCGCAUGCAGGCCUUCAUGUACAAGAAGGCCAGCACGUGGGGUCCGUCCUAUCAGUGCAGCGCCACGGGAACCUAUCGUGACGAGACGGCGCCCAUCGCCGUGGGCUCCACGCUGGCCGUGAUGACGCUGUGCAUCAUCACGGGCUACGGCCUGUGGCGGUACUUCAAGGUGAAGAAGGUGCAGUACGGCACCAUGGAGUAAACUCCUCCGAAAGCGAUUUCUUUGAAGAAAAAAGAACCUUAUUUCACCAUUCCGAUGAGAGGUCAGAGAUGGACGAAAAGUCCGGGAUUUGAACCCAAUCCAUUCUGCACAGCACAGUCCUGAAUUGUCGCAGGUUCGAAUCUCGCAAUGCCAAAGGCGGGAAAAUUGCCAUAAAUAAUGUUUUGAGCGUUUUAAGCGUGAAUUGAUCAAUUAAAGCGAAUCGUCAAU